ACACCUACACUCAACGGCAGGAAAUUAUCUAAUUACUAGCCGCUUCCACAGUAGCUGCGACUGCCACAGCAUACUUAGCCAAGCAGGUUGCUGGAGAGAUGCGACCGUGGGCCCCAACACCCACACCGUGGACAGAACACACAUUCAGACGGAGCAGUCGGCUACGCUACCCUGGUGGGCAAUGUGCCAGCAUGGCAUGGCAUGAGCCUGGCUGCCAGAGGCAGUAACACUGUUUUGUUGAAUAAAUCACGAUUGAAGUACUGCAUUUUCUUCCAUGCUCUUCUUUUCUUCGUGAUGCUGGCCAAGUUGACCUCGGACAUAUUGGAUCGCCUGGACAUUUUCGUGCUGGAGAUUGAGGAACUGGAGGUGCCUUCGCCACUUUGGUGGGAGUACGUGUGGGCCGGUUCGCUGCUCACCUCGUUCCUGGGUCUGUCGGCGGCACGUGGCAAUAAGGUGCGCGAAAUGCAGAAAUACAUGAUCGCCAUCCUGGUGUUUGCCAUCCUGCCCUUGCUCUACUGCUUCGCCUACUAUUUUUCGGACGUGUGGGAGUUUGCGACCAUGGACAAGUCCGUGGAGUUGGACGAGGCGGACAUUUUCAUCUGGCGCGGCUACCCCUAUGGUGUGUUCUGGUACGCCUUCUGCUUUGUGGGCUUCCAGGUCCACGGAUUCACGCUGUAUUUCGCCUACAAUCUAGUCAAGGUCUGGAAGGCCCGAACUGCCACGCGCAAGUUCCAGUAAAGUCGAAGUCGAGGUCGCGGAGAAAGUACUAAAUACUCGCCAAAUCACUAAAACGUCAAAGCGAAACGCUGUAGGGCUAGAUGUAAAUAAUUUGGAACUUAAACUAAUCUCUAGUGCACAAAGCGUACAGAAACUAAACUAAACGAAACAGCUGUUAAGGUAUCGCACAUUUUAGUCUUACAGGAGAGGAGCACAUAUUUUCGUGGCCAAACGAGAAUCACGUUAAAGUUAUUGUUAGUUGAAAGUUAAACCGUUCAAAGAUUAAAUAAACAGACACUAUCCAUAUACA